AUGGCACAAGAGCGUCCUGGUGUUCCUAGUAUAUUUGAUAACAUCAAGACCAAUGAAAAGGCAGAUGAAGAUUUCAGGAUCUACAAUGAAGACACAUCGCCAGCAAGAGUGGUACAGCACUACAAGGAUAUGCGCCGCUUCCAUACAGUUUCCUUCUACCGAAAAAUGGAGGACAAAUACUGUUUUGGAAAUGGAAACUAUCGUCGGCUGAUGACAAUUGAGGAAGCCUUUGACGAGUUGGAACAUUAUGUGGAUGCUUCCGAUCCUGACUUGGAUCUGCCCAAUAAACUUCAUCUGCUCCAGACAGCCGAAGGCAUUCGGCGAGCGGGACAUCCUGACUGGUUCCAGCUUGUAGGAUUGCUACAUGACAUGGGAAAAAUCAUGUUCCUGUGGGGCAGAGCCGAAGAUGGACAAGAUGGCCGCACAGCCGAUGAAACAGCCAAGCAAUGGGCGUUGGGUGGCGAUACCUUUGUGGUUGGCUGCAAAAUCCCUGAUGAAGCUGUGGUGUUUCCGGAAUUCAAUCAUCUGAAUCCAGAUAUGCACGACAAGCGCUACAACUCACUCUAUGGCAUGUACGAGCCCAACUGUGGACUCGACGAGUUGUUUUUUUCCUGGGGGCACGACGAGUACAUGUGGAGGAUGUUGGUGGCCAACGACACUGCUAUUCCCCAAGAAGGUUUGGAUAUGAUCCGAUACCAUUCCGCAUACCCCAUGCAUGACAAGGGAGCCUACCAACACCUUCUCAAGGAAGAAGACCAUGAACGUUUAGAGUGGAUUCGGCUCUUCAACCGGUUUGAUCUCUACACCAAGGACGGAGACAAUGACAUCCGGACUGACAUGGAAACGCUCUGGCCAUACUACAAGGGUCUCUUGAACAAGUACGGACUGGGAGGCAAGCUCAAGUGGUAA